CAGUGGAACGCUCGCGCUGCCAUUGGCUGAGCGCGAAAAUUCGAAAAGCGAAAGAAAACAGAAGCUAACGAUGCUGAAGGAAACUGAGAUUUAAAAAGACAAAAACAACACCUGAAAGGAAGUUUGGUGUUGAAAAAAACAUCGGCUUUAAAGGAGAGUUUGAAAUGGAUGUAGCCACUUAUUUACAGUAUUUUGAAAACAGCUUGAGCUCCUACGAAGGAGAUGACCCCCUGGAUCUUUGGGAUAAGUUUGUGGAGUAUCUGGAGCAGAAGUUACCUGCAGACGGUCGUGAUGGGAUGACCCUGGUGUUUGACAGUCUUGUGCGGAGCUUUAUCAACGUCGAACGCUACAAAGAUGACCUCCGAUAUGUGAACUACUGCAUCAAAUGUGCGAGUUAUUAUUCGGACCCCGUCGCUCUGUACAGUCACAUCUACAGUAAAGGUAUCGGCACCCGGACGGCCGCCCUCUACGUGGCCUGGGCUCAGCAGUUUGAACAGAGCGGCAUGAAUGAGCAGGCUGAUGCUGUUUACCAGAGAGCGCUGGAAAACCAAGCCCAGCCAGCGGACACUGUGCUCACUGAAUACAGGCAGUUCCAAACCCGAACGAAAAGCCAGACACCCGUUUCAGCAGGAGGUCCAAACCCUUUGCAGAACUCCCAGUUGACCAAUCAGAUGUCAUCUCACAGAGAAGCUGCUGCUCCAAACAAGGCUCCGGUGGAAGGUCCUUUGAAACCGCCAACACAUACAACCACCAUCACAGUAUCUCGCUCGGAGACUUCAGGUGCGAUUCCCUCGUCUCAGAGCUCCGGCCAUCGGACCGUUUCCGCGUACAUGAAGGACGAACUCGUCUGCGAAGGAUCGGAGUUGUGUUUCGAGGAGGUCAGGGCGGAGAAAUACUUCCGUCGGCUCCGAGAGAAGCAGGAGCAGGAGCGGGCGCAGAGGGAUCCUGAAUUUUUGAAAGCGGAGAUGCUGAGGAAGCAGGAUGAGAAGAUCCAGAUGUUUGAAGGCGUGUUGGAGAAAAUCCAACAGGCCGCUGAAGCCUUAGGAGGAUUUUCCAGCAAGCCGUCAUCACAGAGGCCCCCUGCAGCAGAGGCAGCCACAAAUCUGAACCCCGACCCUACCCAGCAUGCCUUUGGGCGUCCUCGUCCCUCGCUCGGUCCGAGCAGCAGGCGUUCGCUCGGUUUAAGAUUACACGUGGAGCCGUCUUUAUUCCAGGACGCCUCUGCUUUUUUCCCUGAACCUCUUCGGCAGAACGACUUUGAUUCCGAGGACAUCGACCCUCUGAGCUCAGCGGCGUCCCUUCAUCCCUCAGCGCUGUCUGACAGGAGCGUUCAUGCACCCGAACCUGCAGCGGCGUCGCCGUCCACAGACCAGGCGGCGUCUUUCUUCCAGACUUGGGCGGUUCAUCAGUCUGCCAGUUUGGAGCAGGUGAACCAGUCGCUCCACAGACCCCCGUGUGUUUCUGCUGACGAGCUCUGCAGAGAAGAGGAAGAUCAGCCAAGCAGCUCAGACGACCUUCGACCCCAGGAGCACGACACCACACACCAGUAUGUCGCACAGCCACGAGAACCGGAGGAGAACCUGAACAUGUCACAUGGAGGCACAGCCAACCUGUCUCACAUCACUCCUAACACUUCACUGGGAUAUGUUCAGGCCACGCCGUCACGGGUGCUGCCCUCGCCAACGGUCAACACACGGGAAGCACUGGACGUGAUCAUGGACAUGUUCCAGGCCCCGACGCUCCUCGAGGAUCCAUUCAACGGUGCGUCCAUGCUGCACGCCGCCGAGAGGGAGACGGAUCAGAGCUUCACGGGAAACGUUUUUGAAGGCGGCGCGUCCUCUCUCCCCAAACCUGCGGCGACGACGCCGUUCACCAUCUUCCAGGACAACACGGACAAAGAGAACGGCAGUGUUGCUGCUCCUGCCGCGGUCCAGAAGUCUAAACCAAUCAGAGCUCUGGCUGAGAUCCCGGUGUCCAACAAACCUAAUGACACGCCUCCCGACCUGGCGCCCGACGAGAGCACCAUGUGGGGAGCUCGCUACAACUCCCUGAACUCUCUGGCCGCGUGUCCCAACAGCACCACAGACUUCGCCAUGUUGGCUCAGUUCGUCUCCACGCCGUUCACACACAAAACGCCAGUCGGCGGCAACUUCUUCCCGGACCCAGAAAUCAACGGAGACGCAGAGAGCGAAGCUUUUGUCAGACGCCAGACCAAGAAACUCAGCCCGAUCAUCGAGAAGAGUCCCAUCAAUGAGACGCUCUCGGAGACCGCCGUCAGCACGCUCGCUCCGUCCUACCAGAGACAAGGCACCAUCGUGGGCGAAGGUCUCGCCUCUGCCCCGUCGUGCCUGACCACCUCCUCCAUCACCAUGGUGCAGCCCCCUCCCCCCGCCGUCCUCUCCUUCAGAGACCAGACCAUCUGUCCCACCGAGUGCUCCGCGUCCAGGACCGCAGGACCCGGCUGGGAGGUCUACACGAGCCCCGAGCGACCCCCGAAACAACAGUCCUCCAAUCCACCUGAGAGUUCAGUCCGACCUGGAAGUGAACCUUUUACGAUCAUGGAGGAUUUAGACAAACCCGCCAGUCCAGAGAGAGUCCAGAAGCAAGUCUACGAUGACGUCCCCAUGAGCCCGGAGAACGCUCUCAAACCGGAGUGGCCGGCCAUCAGGAGCCCAGAGGUCACAGCGGAGCCGGAUCUGGACGCCUUCCUGAGUCCCCGUCGCCGCACGGUCCACAACAAGAGCCUGGACGUCCCCAUGAGUCCAGAGCAGCCGCCGCUUUGUGCUGACGUUCCCAUGAGCCCGGCGGUGCAGCGGACGCAGUUCAGCGCAGACGAUGAACCCAUGAUGAGUCCGGACAGAGGGCGGAGAGCGGGCGCCGACGUGUCCAUGAAUGCAGCGACGGAGAGGACGGGCUCGGUCCAGCUGGUGUCAGACCCCUGGGACGAUGAGCUGAUCGCCUACCUGCUCUCCACUCUGACCCCUCCUCUCACGUCUCACCCCCGCUGCAUCACCUGGCAGUGCGCCCUCCCCAACAUCUCCCCGAAGAUGACCAUCAGCAUGGGAAAAGCAUCCCUUCGGGUCGACUGCGUCCUCGGAGAAGGAGCGUUUGCGAAGGUCUACCAGGCCACCGACCCCACGACCUCCGAGAAGACGGUGUUAAAGGUUCAGAAGCCGGCCAACCCCUGGGAGUUUUACAUCAACACCCAGCUGGACGCUCGGCUGCCGCCCGGCACCCGCCACCUUUUCGGCAGCCUGCGCUCCGCCCACCUCUUCAACAACGGGAGCGUGCUGAUCGGGGAGAUCCACAACUACGGCACCCUGCUGAAUGCGGUGAACAUCUUCAAAACGCUGAGCGAUAAGGUGAUGCCUCAGCCGCUCGUCAUCUAUUUCACCGUCUGCAUCCUGCGCAUGGUGGAGACGCUGCACGGCGUCCGCAUCAUCCACGCCGACGUCAAACCCGACAACUUCCUGCUGGGGGAGAGGUUCUUGGAGAACAAAUGUUUUGAGGCGGAGAACGUCGACCACGGCCUUGCUCUGGUCGACCUCGGGCAGAGCAUCGACAUGGAGCUCUUCCCACAAGGCACUGCUUUCACCAGCCGCUGCUUGACGUCAGGGUUCCAGUGCACGGAGAUGCUGAGCGGGAAACCCUGGAACUACCAGACGGAUUACUUCGGGAUAGCGGGGACAGUGCACUGCAUGCUGUUCGGGACGUACAUGCAGGUCAUGAAUGAAGACGGCGUGUGGAAGACAAACGGCGUUUUCAGGAGGAACCCCCACAGUGACAUGUGGCAGGACUUCUUCCACACCCUGCUCAACGUUCCCGACUGCGGCUCCCUGCUGAGCCUGCAGAGUCUCCGCUGGAAGCUGACGUCCGUCCUGCAGCAGAACUACAGCAACAAGUUGCCCUCGCUCAAGAGCCGCCUGGUGGUGCUGCUGCUGGAGAGCCGCAAGGCCGCCCGCAGAUGACGACACCACCACCAUCAUCAGCACCACCUGAGAUCUCAACCUGCACUUCAUCUUUUUAUUGUAACUUUUUGAAGGUGUGGAGGAGGAUCUGAGUAUCUUCAUAAUGUGUGCAUGUAAAAAAAAUGUAAUUAUUAUCCUUUUUGUUUUUAAUUUUAUAAAAUCAGCAUUUGAAUCGUUUGACUACUGGAAGCAUCGUCCACUUUACUUUGGUAAAGAAUAAAGUGUUGAAGCAGUUUAUCUUCAGUCUGUGCUCAGAUUUAAGUAA